UUACGAUUAUUAUUUACUGAUAAUUAAUACUCGACGAAUUUUAUUUUUAUUCUCAUUAUUAAAAACAUGAAGCUUUGAAGGCCGUUUCGGGUUUGCGAGCUUUCGGUCGUAGGACCACAAUGAGGUUAUGUUAAUCACCAAAACGUUUUUAAUUUUUUGAUUUUAUUUUAAAAUGUUGCAAGAAAUAUCCGAAGUCGAGGACAAUGAAGGCUCACGCCCGAUCCUAGUGGAAUUCCAAAAUAGCAACCUCCAAGAAGGCCAAGAACACCACUUAAAAACGGCGAUUUUUAAGCAAAACCAGGCCACAAUUGUGGCCAUAGCUAGCCCGAAGCUUUUAUACACUGGAAAUGUCACUCGAGACAAAGACCAAGAUCUCCACAAGCGCUUUCUGGUGAUUUCAAACAGACGGACUGGAAAAGUGCGUCUAGUGGCCGUCGACACGGUGCUUCUCACACCGCAAUUUGCGCAAAGGAGUAGUGACACCACGAGUGUGAAAAACGCAAAUUCGGUAAAUAAAUUGAACAAGGCGUUUGGGUCCAAAAAAAUUAAAAAAAUCACAGAACAAAGGGAAAGAAUGACGAUGAAUAUUGACGACGUUAGAGAGCAAUUAGAACAAACAGUUGCCGGAAUUGAACUCGACGAAAGUGCCCCUCUGGUCGCACAAAUCGGCGAAAAUGACAGUAAUUAUAGGCCCCCGAUUCAUAGAGAUGCUUCAAGUAGGGAAGAAGUCUACAUUUUGGAGGAAAUUGUCCCUUCACACGUCCUAAAUUCGUUGGAAGACGAAUCUAGGGAGGUUUUGGACUCUGAUUUGGACUCUUUAGAUUUGACACCCAUGAUUAGGGAUAAGUUGGCACAAAUGCAAAACACGUCCCCUAAUCUCGCAAAGUGCAAAUUACUUUUAUACCUCGACUAUUUAAUAAAAUUUGUCACAAAACUGGCGAAAAACAUAACGAAACGUUGUGUGAUUUGCCCCUCAACUGUGGCAAAUUCUCACAUUUUAAAUAACUUCACCGUGUCGUCAAAUAGCGGACGGACACGUCCCUUGUCAAUGAGGGAUAAGACAGUGUGUUAUAUUCUUGUAAUCGCAAUGAUUGCGUUUGAUUACGAAGUCGAUUUCGAGCAAUUGGCCAAAAUUGUCAAAAUCGGGGUGAAAAAACUGCUCGAAAUGGGGCGAAUUUUGGCCUUUAGCUCUGAUAGCAAAAAGAAGAAUUCGAUGACACUGAAACUCCCCCUCCCGGCUUCUGUGACAUCAUCAUCGCCCCAAAAACGCAAAAGAAAAUAAAAAACUGAGUAAUAAA